AUGCAGACUGCUUCUACAAACAUUUGUGAAAAACUGUGCAAUAAGUCCAUCCAUGAAAUUUCCUUGCUACGAAAUAUUCCAGGGUCAACUGUUAGUGGUAUUAUAACAAAGUGGAAGCAACUGGGAACAACAGCAACUCAGCCACAAAGUGGUAGGCCACGUAAAAUGAUAGAGUGGGGUCAGUGCAUGCUGAAGUGCACAGUGUGCAGAAGUUGCCACCUGUCUGCAGAGUCAAUAGCUAAAGACCUUCAAACUUCAUGUGGCCUUCAGAUUAGCACAACAACAGUGCAUAGAGAUCUUCAUGGAAUAGGUCAUGGAAUAGGUUUCCAUGGCCGAGCAGCUACAUCCAAGCCUUACAUCACAAAGUGCAAUGCAAAUGGAUGAGCGAGUUUGGGGUGGUGGAA